CUUCGACUGCGCUCUUCUAUUCUGUGUUCGACCAACAACAACAACUCUCCUCGUCGCCGUACACGAUCAAAGACGCCUGCUAAUUCUAAUAUUCUCUCCGUCUUCAUCUGCUUGCAGAGAAUCGCAUUCGAUCCACGCCUACAUCACCUGUAAUAUAAUUGAAGGACCCUUCAGACGACGAGCACUGUCCUCCUGACGAACCGUCGAUCACCCCUAAACCACGAUCAGUGCACCGCGUCCUGAUAACACGAGCUCAAUCUUGUUGCACGACCAGAAUACUUGCCGGCCUGGUAUUGAGACAGACACAACUACCCCUCUCGAAGACUUCUGCGAUGGUCCAAUGAUGCCAGGAGCAUAAUACAUUCACGAGCCAGAUAUCCUCCCUUCUUUCCUUGUUUGACGCCCGACUAUGCUGUGGAUGCGCUGGCCACUCCACCGCUUAACUCGCCGUCUCAAUGCUGGCCGUUGACGUUAUUUCUGGCGUAGGGUUCAGAGACACCAGCCUUGCCAACAUAAUGGAGCCAGAAUUACCCCACUUGAACAACCUUCGAGCCCAGCUACGUCCCGAAGAUGCCGUCUCAAGGAUCGGCCGACCCGCUCGUUUUGAGGAUGACCGUCCUCCCCGAGCUUCUAGCGAAGACACCAGAUUGCAAGGGCAACGGGUUGAUGCUGUGGAACAGCUGGAAGAUUCGCCCUCCAAAUCACCAGAGAAGCCAACUUCGCAGAGUGGCAAGAACGAGUUGACUUUACUUUCCCUUGAAGACACAGCCGAGCUGUUCAAGAAAAAGGUGGCAGACGCGAGACAAGACACGGAACAUGCUCUUGCAGGCAGCGAAGCAGUCAGCGAUGUGGUCAAACCCAAGUUGACCCUCGACCUAGGUCAUUCCAACAUAGCCAGGCUACCGGAAAGCGUGGUUGAUCUCAUCAAAGCCGAGGUGGAAAGACUAUCACUGUCUCACAAUCAAAUAUGGCAUAUCCCGCUGCGAUUUUCGGACUGCACGCAUCUAAGAUACCUCAACAUCCGGUCCAACGUAUUCAGGGAAAUACCACGAGGUGUGUACAAGCUGAAUCAGUUGGAAAUAUUGGAUAUUAGUCGCAACAAGGUUCGCAAGAUUUCGAGCGACAUACGACACCUGAAGUCUCUACGGGUGUUUUCUAUCGUGCAUAAUCGAAUCGAAGAUUUACCCAUCGAGUUAUGCGAAAUGACGAAACUGCAGAUAUUGAAGAUUGCAGAGAAUCCCCUGCGGUUCAAGCUGAAAAAGGUGGUUGAAGCAAAGGAAUCAGAAGUUGCUUUCUCAGAGAUGACCGACCAUGAAAGGGAAACAGUGAUAACAACCGAGAUCAAACGAUACCUGAGAGAAUCACAUCCAGCUAUGACGCCGAUAGAUGUUGCGCUGUCUAACGAGGUCGACGAAAGUCCUAUGGAAACCCCAAAACCUCUGAAACGUACCUUGAGCAGCCGAUUUCCUGUUAUUCCAAGCACAAGUACUAUGGAAUCUUGGUCCGAAGGCAACAAAUCAUCACCACUUCAACUUAAUGCGCCUCCAGUACCCAUGCGUUCUCACUAUCGCAUGACUUCAGGAUCACAGUCUAUUGCGCUUCGACGUCCAGGAAUAGCACCCCUGAUCAGCGGCAGCAACGAGAGGAAUCGAAGCAACAGUGAGAGCGUACUCCAAGCUUCAGCAGCGGCCCGUCAUAAGAGGAUGGGCAUGAUGAGGCGAGAAAAGCCAGACUUGGACAGUAUCGACGAGCUCAAAGUGAACAGGAACAGUCAUCUUCGUGGCUUUAGUCACGGUUCAGUCCUCAAACGCAAUGGAGGCCUGUCAUCUCCGGGUGGUGCAAGUUCGUCAAGCCCUAGUAGCCCACGAGACUCAAGAAAGCAUAGGCUUGCAUUUGUGAAGCGGCUGUCGAGCUUGCCUGAGCAUAAGAUCGACAGUGGCUGGACUAAUCCUGUCAUCGAGGGUGCCAAAGGCAUUUUAUAUGCCCUGUACCAAAUUCAUCCACAGAUCUCCGGCCUGAUCGCUGCCAUAAGAGGAAAAGAUGUCCGAAGAAGUACGUUAGAAUUUACCUUUUUCAACGCGUCAACCCAUGUCGACCGGCUGAAUGAGGCUUUGGAAGCAGCUGACGUGGUUGACGUGGAGGACGAAGAUGCUGUUGACAAGAUUGAGGCUACGGUUCGACGUGAUUGUGCAACUUGUAUCAUGGCGUACACCCAUGUGACAGCUCAACUGCAGGACAAUGUCAAGAAGAUUGUUGCUGGGACCGAUGCUCGAUACGUGCGAAGUCUGAUGCUACUGCUCUACGGCAGCAUGUUUGAAGUUAGAAAUGCCAUUCAGAGCUUCGGUGCAGCUAUCAAGGUUACUCAACAUUUCGGGCACAGGAGACAGAUGUCGAGUGGCACUACACAUCCCAUCCAGACGAUUCCCGAGGAGUUCAGCACUCCUUCUCAACCGGUUCGAGCAAUGACGCCUACCCGAGACAGAAACCUGCCCUCGAGGCCAGGUGGGAGAUUGCGCAGUGACACAGCCAUUCAACAUCCGCUUGCAGAGACUAUCCCGGCAUAUCAACCAGGCCCUGUGUUACCUUCAACCACUACUCCGAUCCACUUGACUUGUUCUACUCUGAAUGGAGGAAAUUUGACCGGCACAUCGUCAACAUUCUCGAAUAGUGGUACCCUCAAUUCAGCUUCGAGCUUCGGCACGCGAUCGAGGUCUAGCUCGCGUGCUGCAUUGAUGGGUGGCCUACCAACCUCCGUCGCCAGCACCCCUCGUUCUGGGGAAGGAUUCAAUCUUCCUCUGGCAAAUACUUACGCUGUUCGAGUCAAUCCAUCGACUGGUUUGACCGAUGCUCAAGAAGAAGCUGUGUUCGAGCAGAUCUUUCUUGCAUUAUCACGGGCAUAUGACGCUGCGUUGCAUACGAUUCCGGUCGCCAAAGCACAGUUCCUACGAUACCUGGAAGCGGCGGAGGAAAAUCGGCAAUCCAAGCACGAGCUGUGGUCUACCCUCGUGUACCGUUGCAAGCUAUGCAUUGAUGUCAGUGAAGCUUUGCAGAUCAGAUUGGUCAACAUGCGCCUCAAGGAGCCUAGUGCCCCUGGGGCCGGUCGCAAUGAUCCGUCGUUGUGGUCAUUAUGCAAAAACUUUUUGAUGAGCUUUAUCGACUUGCUAACUGAUAUGCGUGAAGCAAAAGCGUUACGACUGCUUUCACAAGAGCUCAUCAUAAUGCUGCGACCUGUGCAAAAGGCUAGUCGGGAGGCUGGACGCCUGAUAGAGACUAGUCCAUGGCGAUAUCUCACUGAUAGUGCCACUGCGGCUAUGCCUCCACCUAGUGUCUUCAAUACAGUGAACAGUCAGCAACCGACUCCGCUCAAUGGACACACGUACACCAAUGGUAUCAAUGGUACGGGCGUCAAUGGUCACUAUCCGUCGGCCCAUCAGAGUACGACAUCACAAGUUGGCAAUUAUCCUAUGCAAAGCCCGUUUCCGCCGCCUUUGAUUCCUGUCCCAACGAUCCCGGGAUCAUCCUCGUCGACAGCUACGCCCAGCACCGCUAUGAGGCAAAUGGCAAAUGGUAAUGGCAUGGUCAACGGUUCCAGCCCGGUGUCCGUACCCCUACCUGCCACGCCGCUUUCUGCAGCUUUGGGUCCUGCUGCGCAGGCCACGGUGCCGAAUACUGGUAUACCCAGCACGCCUGCCAGUGCGUAUGGGGAUCAGUUCUUCAGGGGUGAUGUGUUUCAGCGGGCGGAUAGUCUGCUGAAUAUGCAGCAAGCUGGGACCGUUCAUUUUAUCAACAGGCGGGGGCAAUGACGAAAUGCAGCAGCGGUAUUUUGACUCUCGGACAGCGUUGGUUACGCGUCGUGGUCGACGAAAAUGAAGGCAUCAUGGGUGCGAAAUGGAGUUUACUGUCACCCAAACCCGGUCGCAUUGCCUUGCAGGAUUGAACGGGAUAUGGUACAUUCGAUUGGGUGAACCGAGGGAAAACGGCAUGUCCUUCACGAACCGAUAUGUUGAUAUGCCUCUUGUACAUUGCACUGUACGCCAUUGUAUUCACUGGUCUGGCCCGGAUGGCCGGCCGGAAUGGCGACUGCAUUAUGGAUGUUUUACGGCUGGAUAGGAUAUGAGAACUCAGGAGGCAGGCCUUGUACGCGUAGAAUUACUGUUCUCAGCAGCGGAGCAUGUAGCAAAUGAGCUACAGUAGUUGUAUAUUAUUAGUAGUAUGAAUCAAAAUGAGACU